AUGUCGAAACGACCCCCAGAUAAUGGGGACUCCAGUUCCCAACCACCUAUAAAAAAGGUGCAAUUUGAACCAAUUCUAAUUGGACCUAUAUCUACUCUCGAAGAGAUGGAUAUGAAAGUUUUACAGUUUCAAAACAAAAAACUAGCACAGAGAUUAGAGCAAAGGCAUAGGAUGGAAGCUGAAUUGAGACAACGUAUUGAACAAUUAGAGAAACGUCAAAUGCAGGAUGAUGCAGUACUUAAUGUAGUUAAUCGAUAUUGGAAUCAACUCAAUGAAGAUAUACGUGUAUUAUUACAAAGAUUUGAUGCCGAAACUGCCGAUGAAUCAGAAAAUAAAAAUGAGAGCGAAGCUACGACAUCAUUUCUAAUGCAAUUAUCUUCCUGGGAUAAAGAGGAAUUGGAUGAUAAAUUAGCGAACCGUGUACAGGUAUCAAAACGAGCUGUGUCUAAAGUUGUACAGGCAUUUGAUCGUUUAUCUCAAAGAAAUGAGAAAAUCACUCUUGCGCUCAAAGGAGAAUUUGAUGGUGAAGAGACGCCGAACAUUGACGAAGUCGUACGUCGUGCCAAUGCGGAAAUACAAAUGGAAAACAGAAAUUUGCAGGCAACAAAUAUACAACUGCACGAAAAGUACCACACUAUCUCAUUGAAGAUGUCAGAAUUGCAAGAUACAAUAACAGGAAAAGAUACGCUUGCAGCAGAAUUGCGAAAUCAAGUCGACGAUCUGCAAUACGAAUUGAAUAAAGUACGAGCGAGAAAUGAUAAAUUGGAACAUCAUCUUGGAGAAGCAGUCGAAAAAUUAAAAGCUUUUCAACAAAUUCAUGGCACUGACGAGAAAGGCAGUAACAAACCGAAUACUUUAGUUGCAUCUAGUGUUUCUCAGACUAAGCUUGAUGACAUGCAAAGAGAACUUGAAGAAACGCGUGAAUUAGCUAAUAAUAGAUUACAGGAAUUAGACAAAUUGCAUCAGCAACAUCGUGAUACUUUAAAAGAAGUAGAAAAAUUGAAAAUGGAUAUAAGGCAACUUCCCGAAUCAGUAAUUGUGGAAACAACAGAGUACAAAUGUUUACAAUCACAAUUUUCCGUAUUAUAUAAUGAGUCUAUGCAAUUAAAAACACAAUUGGAUGAUGCUCGUCAACAAUUGCAGUCGAGCAAGAAUGCACAUCUGCGCCACAUUGAAAUGAUGGAGAGUGAAGAAUUAAUGGCUCAAAAAAAAUUGCGCGGCGAAUGUAUACAACUCGAAGACGUUUUAGCACAAUUGCGCAAGGAAUACGAGAUGCUUCGCAUUGAAUUUGAACAAAAUCUAGCUGCCAAUGAACAGACAGGUCCGAUUAAUCGAGAAAUGCGGCACUUAAUAACCUCUCUUCAGAAUCAUAAUCAACAAUUAAAAGGAGAAGUGCAUCGGUACAAGCGAAAAUACAAAGAAACUUCUACUGAAAUACCUCGAUUAAAGAAGGAAGUAGAGGAAUUGACAACUAAAUUAGGGCAACAAACGUCGCAAGAAAAUAAAGAAGGGAAUAAUUCAGAUGGUAGUGGAAAAGAAGAAGAUGCUUCAAAUUCAUUGCCAGGUUCUACACAGAUAAAGGAAGAAAGUGGUGUUACAAUAAAGAGAGAAUCGGGUGCUGAUGAAGAGGUAGAAACAAUUGAGGUUGGAGAAGGUGAAGGCAAUAAAAAUACACCAGAUUCUUUAACAUUAACUUCGCCAACUCUAAAAAAGGAGAAAGACAUAAAACGAGAGAAGGAUAUUAAAAAAGAAUCUGUGAAAACUGAACAUCGGGAUCCUGCACAUCGCACCAAAGACGCAAAAAUGGCAGAAUCGGAACUCGUGAGGGAUUUGAAAGCACAACUUAAAAAAGCUGUGAAUGAGAUGAAAGAAAUGAAGCUUUUAUUAGACAUGUACAAAGGUGUUGGAAAAGAGCAGCGGGAUAAAGUACAGUUAAUGGCUGCAGAGCGUAAAACGAGAGCAGAGUUGGAGGAUUUACGACAGCAAGUUAAAAAGAUUCAAGAAAGCAAACGUGAGGAACGUAAGAAAUUAGCUGAUGAAGAUGCACAGAUAAAAAUUAAGAAAUUAGAAGAACAAGCAUACACAUUACAACGUCAAGUUGCUUGUCAAAAACAGAAUUGUAUUUGGUUGCAGGAAGAGGAAGCACUUCUGAAUGAGAUGGAAGUGACGGGACAAGCGUUCGAGGAUAUGCAAGAGCAGAAUUCUAGACUCAUACAGCAGUUACGUGAGAAAGAUGACGCAAAUUUCAAACUCAUGACAGAAAGGAUUAAAAGUAAUCAAUUGCACAAACUCGCAAGAGAAGAGAAGGAUGUGUUGAAAGAACAAGUAUCUACAUUAACAACGCAAGUGGAAGCGGCCAACGUAGUUGUACGAAAGUUGGAAGAAAAGGAGCGUCUUUUACAAAACUCUCUCGCUACGGUAGAAAAAGAAUUGGCGCUAAGACAGCAGGCGAUGGAGAUGCAUAAACGGAAAGCGAUAGAGAGUGCACAAUCUGCAGCUGACCUCAAACUUCAUCUUGAGAAAUAUCAUUCCCAAAUGAAGGAAGCGCAACAGGUUGUAGCCGAGAAAACAAGUUCCUUGGAAGCUGAAGCAUAUAAAACUAAAAGAUUACAGGAAGAAAUAGCGCAACUGAGGCGCAAGGUCGAGCGUAUGAAAAAGAUUGAGCUCGCUGAAACCCUGGAUGAAGUAAUGGCGGAAGAGCUGCGGGAGUACAAGGAAACUUUAACGUGUCCAUCUUGUAAGGUGAAGCGGAAAGAUGCCGUACUCACCAAGUGCUUCCACGUGUUUUGCUGGGACUGUUUACGCACACGUUACGAAACGCGGCAACGAAAAUGUCCCAAAUGUAAUUGCGCCUUCGGUGCCAACGACUACCAUCGGCUGUACUUAUCCACAUGAAGAAGAAGGUGCUAACUUGAAAAAUACGCCGCGGUGUAGAGUCAUGUUUUGUAAAAUGUUACGUGAGCAUUUCUCUUUUUAUAUCUUUUAUUUAUUACUCUAACUUUUUAUGGAAUUAUGACCAUAUGCAAUAUGUGAUUAUCCCUAAAUAUGUUGAUGAUGAAUCACGAAUUUUGCUAAGUUCUUAUUAAGAUUAUAGCA